AGUUAAAACAUGGGUGUUACAUUAAUCACCAUAUACUCAAUUAAAUGAUGCAUAUUACAACCUUAUCUCUCGACAAGAAUUUCAGUACACGCAGAGUUGGGCAUUUUUUAAGGAGUUGAAUUAAAGUAGUUAAAGCACCCUCCUCCGAAAAACUGAAUUCAUACAGAUAGAGCACUUGGAGAUUCAUUGCAGUUGAGAAGGAAUGAACGGCUACACCUGGAUAUGUAUGCUUGAAAGAGAGAAAAAUGAGACAUUUCAUUCAACCGAAAUGAUGUUUACUGUCCGAUUUGUCUCUAAUCACAACAUGAAUCGACGUUUCAUGGAAGAAAAGAAUCUCACCACCAAAAGAUAUUCUGCAUACAAGUGAAGAGUCUUAAUGGUUUGAAAAUGAGACUCAACCCAUUUUGAGCCAGUCUGAGUGGAUUCAACCCUCAAAAGGAGGAUACUAAAUGGNUUGAGAAGGAAUGAACGGCUACACCUGGAUAUGUAUGCUUGAAAGAGAGAAAAAUGAGACAUUUCAUUCAACCGAAAUGAUGUUUACUGUCCGAUUUGUCUCUAAUCACAACAUGAAUCGACGUUUCAUGGAAGAAAAGAAUCUCACCACCAAAAGAUAUUCUGCAUACAAGUGAAGAGUCUUAAUGCUCCGUUCCGGGCCUGUCAAAUUCUUCCGGCGGUUAUUACCCAUCGGUGAAACGAACAAGAGCGAAUUUGAAAUGGGCUUGUGAAGUUGAUGCAGUCCGCUAAGCCCGACAGGUGUCCAAAAAGUUCUCAGUGCAGGGUCGUGGCUGGAGGCAGUAAGGAUUUCCAGAAGCAGCUUAUGGAUGCCGGAGUUUAUGGCAUUUGCAGAGGUUGGCUGAGAUGGAGGCUGAUGCUGAACGAGGUGGAUCGGAUCUUUGAGUAUAAGGACGUUCCUGAUCGUGACAAAGUGAAGCUCGUGGCAAUCAAACUCCAUGGACGAGCCUCUGCAUGGUGGGAACAGAUGCGGCGAUCUCGUGAGAAGAAGGGCAAGCCAAAGAUCAAUGAUUGGGAAAAGAUGAAGGGUAAGAUGAGAGCACACUUUCUUCCCUUCGGAUACACACAAACCCUAUUUCAACGACUCCAAACGUUGAGGCAGGGAACGAGGUCCGUUGAUGAUUACACCGAAGAAUUUUACCAGUUGAUUGCCCGCAACGAUCUGUCUGAAUCGGAGGAGCAGCUUGUGGCCCGAUAUAUGGCGGGCUUGCGUCAGUCGUUGCAGGAUGUUCUCAACCUCCAUUCAUUAUGGACUGUUUCUGAGGCAUACAAAAGGGCCCUUCUAGUUGAGAAGCAGCAGAACAGGAAGCCGGUGACCAACAACCGCCCGGCUCGGCCCCAAGAGCCUCGACUGACCACACAGGGAGUCCAAGGGACGCAGGGAGCUUCGAGUAGUACGAUUAAGUGCUAUCGUUGUGGUGAACCUAGACAUAGGGCGAAUGAAUGCAAGAAACCCGCUCUACAGAAGAGGAAGAGCCUGUUCGUGGAGGAGAACAUCGUUGUUGACGAUGAUGAAGUUGAAAAUUAUGAUGAUUAUGCAGAAGAUGAUGUUCUUUACGGGGAUGGUCGAGAGAAUUUGGUUGUGCGCAAGAGUCUUCUGGCCCCAAAGGAUGAUUCUAAAGACGAUUGGACCACUGGAUUAAGCCCAUUUCAGAUUGUCUUGGGUCAGAACCCAUCAGGGGUGCUGGACUUGGCCCCAAUUCCACGAGUGGGUCGCAAUCAUCCUAGAGCCGAAGAGAUGAUAGAGAACCUGAGGAGCAUACAUGAUCAGGUGAGACGUAAGAUUGAAGAAAGCAACAACAAUUACAAGGCACGAGUGGACAAACGUCGACGUCAAGUUGUGUUUGAUGUUGGAGACUUUGUUUGGGCUGUGUUGACCAAAGAUCGAUUCCCUGUUGGCGAGAGAAUAUACAAAUUGGCAAUUUAUACCUCAGCUUUCCUCCUUCUUGAUCAACUGUUGAGCAGGCGAGAGGCAUCCAUGAAGAUUACUCUCAACAAGAAUGAGGAAGAAGAGAAAAAGGGAUAUUCGCCGUUGCCCAAUUUCGAGGAUCUGACUAUGGAACAGUGGAACGCUGUUCGUCACGCCCUUGCGCUGUCCCCUACAGACAUUAAUCAGAAACUUACAGGUGAAAUCCCAGAUGAGAGUGGAUCGAGUAGUUCCCCUUCGAUCGAUCACUUCGAAGAUGAUGAAGAGAUGCCGGCGGAAGAACGGCUGGACCGUUCCACGAGGAACGGUCGAUCGGAGGAGACCAGUGAGGCAGACAAGCUACAGACGGUCAACCUGGUGGACCGUCCUGAUGACCACGGUCGACCGUCCGAAAGGCAGAAAGACGGACCUCUGGGAGUGCAACCAACGGUCGACGUGGUGGACCGUUCUAUUGACCACGGUCGACCGUCUGAAGGGCAGAAAGAUGAGCUCCAGAGGGAUGAUGAAACGGUCGACCGUGAAGAGGAGAACGGUCGACCGUCUCCGAGGCAGAAUGUUAGAGAUCCAGAACGGCUUCAGACGGUCGACCCCAUGGACCCUUCCACGGACGGCGGUCGACCGUCCUCUUCCGAGCAGGCGAUGGAGAACUUGGGACGUGGUCAGUGAGAGAAACGUCCAAAUGUACGCCUUGCCGAUUAUGUAACCCAU